AUGUAUUCUUCCAUGGCAAACCCAACCCCUUCCAUAACCUUCAAUUCCAUCACCUCCAAGUACACCGUGAACUUCGCCGGAGCCGCCAUUGAAACCACGGUCACAGACAAGGCCACAACCAUUGAUGAAUGGGUCCAUGAAAUCCUAAACCUUCAUGGUGCCCAUCCCAUGGUGGUCGGUCUUGAUAUCGAAUGGAGGCCUCAUCAUAACAGUUGGAUGAGCAAUAAAUCAGCCACCCUUCAACUCUGCAUCGACAAGAAAUGUCUCAUUGUUCAGCUGUUUUAUGUGGAUUAUAUUCCAACUUCGCUCAAAAACUUUUUGUUGAACAAAAAUUUCACAUUUGUUGGAUUGGAAGUUGAAGAUGAUGUUAAGAAACUUAAGGAUGAGUAUGAUUUGGGAUGUGGGUCUAGUGCUGAUAUCAAGGCUCUGGCUAAGAUUCGUUGGCCAGGGAGGUUUAGGAGGCCUGGUUUGAAGGACUUGGCUCUGGAGGUGGCUGAUCUUCGAAUGUUGAAACCGAGACAUGUUACUAUGAGUAACUGGGAGAAUAGGGUUCUUACUGAAGGUCAGAUUGAGUAUGGUUGUAUUGAUGCUUAUGCAUCAUACAAAAUUGGUCACAUACUUCUCAUUCAGAAAUGAGAUUUCAUAUGGUCAUCUUUUGCUUUAACUAUGUACUGUACUUGCUUCAAAUGGGUUAUGUUUAUGCUGUUUAUGGUGUCUUUUUUUGGAUGGUUUGGAAAUGUUUUGUUAUGGUUCGGUUAUGGCUUGGUAUUUUGGAAUAUGUUAUGUUAAUUAAUGUAAGUUUAUUGUAAAACUUUA